AUGGUGACCUCAGCAGGUGUGGGACAUGCAGAAUAUAACAACGGGGCCGACGUACAGCACGCAGACUACGCGCAUCUGACGAGCGUUGGGCAGGUGGAACAGAAACCGCUUGGCGGGCGGUUAGGGGCGCUGGCGGAGUACUACAAGCCCAACGUGGCGAGCAUGGAGGAGUACCGGGCGAUGCACGCGCAGUCGAUAACGGACCCGGCGGCGUUCUACGGUGAGCGGGCGCGCACGUACGUGGACUGGUUCCGGCCGUUCGACGCGGUGUUCUUGCCGGGGCCGGACGGGCGGCCGAGCUUCGAUAACAACGCAUGGUUCGUGAACGGACAGUUGAACGCGUGCUACAACCUGGUGGACCGACACGCAGCGCGAACGCCGGACAAGGUGGCAAUCAUCUACGAGGCGGACGAGCCAGGCGAGGGGUACAGCCUCACGUACCGCGAGCUCUUGGCACAGGUGUGCAAGGUGGCACAGGUGCUUCAGUACUCGAUGGGCGUGCGGAAGGGAGACACAGUGGCGGUGUAUAUGCCCAUGAUACCCCAGGCGUUGGUGACGCUUCUUGCGAUCUCGCGGAUUGGGGCCAUACACUCGGUGGUGUUUGCGGGGUUCUCGUCCAACUCGCUCCGCGACAGAAUCAACGACGCGCGUAGCGAGGUCGUGGUAACCACGGACGAGUCGAAGCGCGGGGGCAAGAUCAUCGAGACGAAGCGCAUUGUGGACGACGCCAUCAAGGAGACCCCGCAGCUACGCAAGGUGUUGGUGUACAAGCGCACAUGCAACCCCUCCGUGUCUUACGUCGCCGACCGGGACCUGGAUUGGGACACUGAGGUCAAGAAGUACAAGUCAUACUGUCCAUGCGAGCCCGUAGACUCCGAACACCCGUUAUUUUUGUUGUACACCUCGGGGUCGACGGGCGCUCCGAAGGGUGUCCAGCAUUCCACUGCAGGGUAUUUACUACAAGCAUAUCUAAGUAUGCUUUACUCGUUCGAUGUGCACAGCGAUGACAUCUUCUUUACUGCGGGUGACAUUGGAUGGAUAACGGGGCACACGUACGUCGUGUACGGACCAUUGUUUUCCGGAUGUACGACUGUGGUGUUCGAGGGUACGCCAGCGUAUCCCUCUUAUUCGCGCUACUGGGACAUUAUUGACAAAUACAGUGUGACACAAUUCUAUGUUGCACCCACCGCUCUCCGCUUAUUAAAGCGCGCAGGUGACUCUUACGUGGAUGGAUACUCGUUGCGGACGCUACGGUCACUUGGCACUGUAGGCGAGCCGAUUGCCGCAGAGGUGUGGGAGUGGUACUACACUGUAAUUGGCAAACGGGAAAUCCCCGUUAUUGAUACCUACUGGCAGACUGAAUCUGGAGCCCACUUGGUAACUCCGUUAGCAGGCGGCUCCACACCUAUGAAGCCGGGGUCUGCCAGCUUCCCAUUCUUCGGGAUAGAUUUGGCCAUUUUAGAUCCACAAACAGGUGAGGAACUUCUUGGGCCGAAUGUAGAGGGUGUUUUAGCUGUGAAGCAGCCUUGGCCCUCCUUCACUCGCACAAUCUGGAACAACCACGAUAGGUACCUUGACACCUAUCUCAAUCCAUACAAGGGCUACUACUUUGCAGGCGAUGGAGCGGCCCGCGACUCACAAGGCUUCAUAUGGAUACUUGGCCGCGUGGACGAUGUUGUGAACGUGUCUGGACAUCGCCUCUCUACUGCGGAGGUGGAGGCUGCUAUUAUCCAAGAGAGCAUGGUAGCAGAGUGCGCCGUUGUUGGGUUUGCAGAUGAGUUGACUGGCCAAGCGAUUGCCGCCUUUGUGGUCUUGAAGCAGAAGAGCAGCUGGAACACAGCGAGCGAGAGGGAGCUCCAGGAGAUCAAAAAGCACCUAAUUCUGUCUGUCCGUCGCGAUAUUGGGCCGUUUGCUGCCCCUAAGCUUAUCGUGCUCGUGGAUGACUUGCCAAAGACUCGCUCAGGCAAAAUUAUGCGCCGUAUAUUGCGCAAAAUCCUUGCUGGGGAGGCAGAUCAGUUAGGGGAUGUCUCGACCUUGUCCAACCCAGGUAUUGUGAAACAUUUGAUUGAGUCUGUGAAAUUUUAA